GCUUCUUUGCUUGCCCGCAGAGGAAGCUAGAGGAAGAAAGAGGAAGAGAAAGAUCGAAGGAAGAAAAAUAAUGGAGUCUCCGAAGAAGAUAGCUCAUGAGAUCGGUGGUGUCAAGAGAGACGCUCUUCGAUUCGGUCUCAACGGCGUUAAGAGCGACAUCGUCGGAUCUCACCCACUCGAAUCCUCUUACGAAUCUGGAAAGAGAUCGGACGAGGCGAUGAAGAGAACAAUCAUUGGGCAUACCUACGGGUCUGCAAUUCCAUUGAAGAUGGAUAUGGACAGACAAAUUCUCUCACGGUUUCAAAGACCUCCUGGACCAAUUCCAUCGUCAAUGCUCGGGUUAGAAGUCUACACAGGAGCCAUUGAUAACUUUGGUUUUGAGGAUUACUUAAAUGAUCCUCGUGACUCGGAGACAUUCAAGCCGGUAGACUUCCACCACGGGAUGGAAGUUCGUCUUGGCAUCUCAAAGGGCCCGGUUGCCCCAAGUUUCAUGUGAGGAACCCUCAUGGGUGGGGGGUUUUGUUGGAUGUUACGUCAUUUUAGCUUUUGAAUGAUGAUUGAAUCAAGUGUGUGAACUUAUUUCGACGUUAGACUUCUACUAUAAAGUUUGAAAUCAGAUGAAACUGGGCAAUUAA